GGCGCGUCCCGAGUGCGCAGGGGCCGCUCCGCCCCGCAGUGCGGGGCGGCCGGGAAGCCAUGUGGGUGUUUGGCUACGGCUCCCUCAUCUGGAAGGUGGACUUCCCCUACGAGGAGAAGAUGGUGGGCUGCAUCCCGGGGUACAGCCGCCGCUUCUGGCAGGGCAGCACCGACCACCGCGGCGUGCCGGGCAAGCCUGGAAGAGUUGUGACUCUUGUUGAAGACCCUGAGGGGUCUGUGUGGGGUGUUGCUUAUAGAUUGCCAGCUGGACAAGAAUGUGAAAUAAAGGCAUAUCUGGACUUCAGAGAAAAAGGAGGCUACAUGACUACAACUGUCAUUUUCUAUCCAAAAGAUGCAUCAAUAAGACCAUUUGAUGUAUUGUUAUAUAUUGGAUCUUGUGAUAACCCUAAUUACCUUGGCCCAGCACCUCUAGAAGAAAUUGCUGAACAGAUUUUUAAUGCAGUUGGUCCUAGUGGAAGAAACACAGAAUACCUGUUUGAACUUGCUAAUUCUAUCAGAAAUCUUGUACCAGAAGAUGUAGAUGAACAUCUCUUCUCCUUAGAGAAACUAGUAAAAGAACUCUUGGAAAAACAUCAAAAGCUAAAUUGCAUAUAAAAAAAUCAUUUCUCAAUUUUAAUGAUCUUGUUUCAUCUUAAAAAGAAUGGUUUUGUUGUACAAUGGGUGUAUAACUUGGAACGAUGUUUAUCUGAACUAUGCUAUCCUAUUUAUUUUAAUAUUGCAUUCAAAACACAGUAGCUAAGACUCAUUAGAGCAAAUCAUUAUAAAAAUCCUUCUUUCAAGAGUCUGUAGGAAAGGGGAGCAGGGGAAGUGUUUUAGGUUUGAAUUUGGUAUAUUAGUUUCUUAUGCAAAGAUCACAUCUUUUGUUUUAAAAGUCUCAAGGGAAUCACUUAAGCCUCCCUUUGAAGAUUUUCUUUUUAACUUCAGGUUUAGAAAAAACCUUUAAAUUAUUUUUAAGAUCAAAGCCUGCAUUCAGAUACAACUCCCACUGAUUUAAGGGAUAGUUCUUUCUGAUUCAAGAACACAGGACUGGAACUCAGUGCAGCUAAAAAGAUAGAUGUUAAGUAUUUAUUGUGAAUUGCACAGUAAAUGCACCGCAUUUAUCAUAUCAAGGUUCAACUUCACUGAAAUUAAGUUACUGAAUUAGUAGUCUUACCCUUUACAUAUUAGUUUUCCUUAGAAGCAGAGGACAAAAAGUUCUAUUGUGAAGGAAAUAAUACUUUCCCUUGGUUAAUUAUUUCAAGCCCCUGAAAACCAAAGCACAAGGUACUUUGAUGUAAACAAGCCAUAUCAUAUGGGUGCCUCAUUUUAUCUUAAGAGCAAUAUAAAGAAUAAAGCUAAAAUGUUAAAAUAACUAAGGAUAUUACUUGAAUCCACAAUACAGCACAAAUGUUCUCAAAUUCCCAUCUUUGCUAUUUGCCUUUAGAUGCUAUUGUAACCCCCUUCUUUAAAAUAAAUAAAUGAUCAGCCAAUCUUUUGAGGACAGAUUUUAAGUCAAAAUUUUCAACCAUCUUUUCAGGGAUUCACAGACAAAAUGGAAUUUAAAAAGGAACCAUAUUUUCAGUAGACAUGUGUGUUGUAUGGAUAUCCAACCAAAGAAGGUUGGAAAGCCACCAAUUUAGGCUAGUAGGUUUACUUUAUGCAAAAUUUAAUUAAAUGGGGUUUCCAUCCAAACAAAAACUUUUCUUGCUUCUCAAAAUCUAAAGUUAUUUUUAAAGAUUAAUUUAACCUUUAACAAACCCUAUUUUUUGUAUGUUAAUAUCAAAAAAGUCCUAUUUCAAAUACCACAUAGCAUCACAUUUUCUCAUACAGAAAAAGCAUAUAUGUUCACUUGUAGCUUGCAAGCCUAUAUUUUGCGUCAGUAAUUGCAAAAAACAUAUAUAUGUUUACUACACAGGUUGUCCCUUUUUUGUCUUUACAUCUUCCUGGUUUGUAUUUGUAAUUGCUUGAAAAUAUCAGGGUUAUCAAAAUAACAAGCUGCUAUAAUUUUAUUUGGCCACCUAAAAAAAGCCAACAGAACAUAAAUGAAUGUUAAAAAGAAACAUUUGAAAAAGGCACCUAGAUGAGUGGAUUGUAGGAUAUGAACAUUUAAAUCUAAAUUAUAGAUAACUUGACUGCUUAAAAUAUUUAACCAAAAAAACUUUUUUUCAGACUAUUUUAACCAUUUUAAUUUUACAGCACUCCUGGCAUCUCUUAAGCAUACAUUCUUUGAGAGAAAAAUAGUCUAUUUGUUUUUAGAAGCUACUGAUUAAAAUUAACAGUUUAAUGCCAUUAUUUUAAGAGUGCAUGAUAGGGUGUCACUUGAUGGUCCGGUCUAAACUGCAGAAGCAAAUCUUCUGUUCAUAUUAGUGAAAUCAUAUGUACUGACAGCCCAUUUUUCCAUUAGUACACAUAAGUUACUUGUAAACUAAUGGAAUAGCCUUUAUGUUUCAAAGGUCUUGAUUCUCCGCUGAGCCAUGUUGGUUUAAGAUGGACCUAACUGAGUGGAAAAGCAACCCCAACAAAUUCAGCUGUUUGUAUAGAUAACAUCAGUCAUUAAGAUGACUGAAGAUGGAACUAUUUGAGUGUCUUCACGCACUGAAGAUUUGCAGUGAUAGCCAACACCCAAAUAAACAUUGAUAUGAGCAUGUUCCAUUACACAUACAUUUAUUCCCCUUGACUUAAAGGGUAACUCUUAAGUGUUUACUGGAUACUUAACUGCUACAAAAAAUGUUACGUCUGAUUUAUUUCAAGAAUAUUUAAAUGUUGCAAAGAAAUACUAACCUUUCUCCCUUAAAUAUAAAUACAUAUAUAUAGCACCUCCUCUCUUCUGCUUACCUCAAGUUUAAGUAAGCUGUAGUAAAGUUAAAUCAUGUCAGAUGGACACAUCCAGUCUAUACAUUAUUUUUUAAUUCUUUCCCCAAAGGCUUAUCUUGUUCCUUCAGAGAGGGCAGGGGAUGCAUAAACUCACUGUUGAUCCAAAAAACAUCAGUGAUGAUUCUCUCUUUAAAACUAUAUUUAAGCUCUAAAUUUUGUAUCUUUAAUCAUAUUCAGAACAUUGUGGGUUUAUUUGAUUCCAGAUUCAUACAAUUUGCAAUAAUAUCUGUGAUGGUACAUUCCAGUCUGUGCCUAGAACUUCAGUACAAUAAAAAUGCCUCACAUUUAUUAAUGGUGUUGGAAAAAAAAUUUCCAGAAGUUUCAUGCUUAUUUAAAUACUACUGACAAUACAGGGGACAUCAAUGGGUAGCUUAAUUGCAUCUUGUUAUAAAAUGAUAGAUCUAAUGAUGAAAAAUGAUAUAAAAGCUAGUUACUAUUAUGUAGUCUUAAACUGUGUCUUAUUAGCAACAUAAGAAGUUAAUUAAAGCACUGGAACUAUGCACUUGUUUUUGCCAUAUGGGAUUUGAGCCGUGACUCUUCCCAUAGCUUCAGUCACCAACGAAAGCCUGGUAUGCUUUCAAAUCUGUUACUUGCCACGAGAUUUUUUUAAUAUGCCACAUGCUUGAUUUUUUUUUCUUGCUGGUUAGAACUGUAUCUAAGUCUGCGACAAAACUAUAGAGAUUUUAGAUACGAUUUCAUAAUGUACACACACACAGACUAAAACUACCUCUAAACUUGUUUCCAAACAGUGUCUGAGGAAAAAAGAGUCAUCCAUGUUGUCAGAUUUUACUCCCUGGAAGUAGAAGAUUCAAAUCACUAAGUAGUCACAUGGCCCUCUGGCCUUCCAUACAUGAAGGAUGCAGUAUGCAUUAGUAUGCUACAAUGAUCUUCCCCAGUGUGACUGCAUGGUAAAGUUUAAGUCCAUUUGUAUGAAAAGCAACUUGCCCAGCAGUUUGUCAAGAUCUAAUCUCCCUGUGAUGCUGUGAACUGUCUAUUUACAAUCUUCCACAUAGAAAGCGAUUUUCCUUGAGCAGGAUAUAGCUGUAUACCUGGAAACUCUUUUGGAAUGUCCCAAAUAAAAGUACUAUAUGAAUUUAACUUGCAUAGUAAAAUUUAAGAUUUGUACAAAGACUGCAGUAAGACAGUUUGCUUUUAUUUGUGCUACAAAGUGAAUAAAAAUCAAAAAGCAGACAUUAAAAAGUAUACUUCUGUAAUACCUGAUAUUCCUGUAUAUUAUCAUUUAACCAUUUGAUAUCAAGAUUGUUAUUAAACACAAUCAUCUUCUGUGACUAUCUAAAUCUGUAACCUGAAUAUGCAACAUUUUACUUUUUUCUUAAUGUCUAACUUUUCAUUAAUAAGUUCACUCCAUACUCCUUUUGACUGCCACUGACUAAACUGACCUGUCUUCUGAAUCUAUCAUAAAACUUUUGCAAACAAAUUCACAUUUCUUAUUGUGAGAAAACUCAGGGAGAAGGGAAAUCAAAACAUUCUGUAAUUACCAGAGUCUUUGUGGGAUCCCCAAUAAUAAUUUCCAUCUUUCCUUCUUCAACCACUUCUCUGCUCCGUAUUUCCCAUAGAUGAACAAAGAUAAGAUGGGACUGGCCUGCUCUGUUCUAAUUUGGGAACUCUGUGCUGAAUCAUUCAGUUAUUCAGGUAGUAAAUGUUGCCUUACCAGUCAUUUCCAUCAUCUUCAGAGAAGAAGUGAUAGUACACAGGAAAGUACAUUACAGACUACAGUGAAUAGGAACAUGAGCACACAGAAGACAGCUAUACUGAAAAGAGUAAUUAGGCUUCUCUGUGACUCAUUUAAGAUCAACACUGUUUUGGGCAUAUUGAUAAAAACAUCCCAUUACAUUUAAUAAAAGUUAUCUAUGUAAAAAAGAACUCUAGGGGCUCUACGUGUAAUACACAAACACUUUUUUAAAAUUAAAUCAUUGUUUAAUAGCUUUGUGCAUGAAUUAAUUACUGAAGUCUGGAGGAUCACAAAUCUCUUCAAAACAAAAUGAAGAAUAAGUUACAGCCACGCCCCCACUAAGCAGAUGGAAGAACUGUUAAUGAUUUCCUUAUCUUUGUAUCACUCCAUCUUUCUCCCUGCUUUUAUUGUCCCAAAUCUUUUUUUUUUUAACCACAGUACAUAGAGACCAGACUCCUUCUAGACUACACCAUUUCCUAGAAACUAAGAACUGAUGAAAAUCUUUCACAGAGAUGACUAAAGCUCAAUCUAAUCACUCAGAAGAAUGCAAUGUUCAGUAUUCCUUAAAAACACAGUACUCCCCUAAAAUAAAAAAAAAACCUUAACACACACAGUGAAACAGUUUUCACUGCAAACUGAAGAAUAACUUUGUGUCAGAUGCAGUUCUUCAGCAAUUGACAAAACACAAAGUAUGCAGGAUUAAAAGAAGCUCUCCAAGUCUGAACAUUUCAAUUUUGCUAAGCAUAGGAGAAAGUUUACCUGUUUGCUCAAAAUAUCAUGCACAACUUAACCCUUACAAGCAAAAAAAGUAUUUAAACACCACUUAUCCUUCAAAGCUGGAGCAACACAGUUACAAAGCUGGUUGCAGCAUCCUCCAUCAAUAGCAGAAAACUGUCUUAUUUUAUAUCAUUAUUUCAUAAAGUACAUCACAUCACCAGUUUAACUCUGAUUCCCUUCCCAUCCCGGUAUGGGUCUGGACACAGGUUCUGCUCAUAAACUAAGGGGCAAAAGGAGGUUGACAAAAAUAAAUACUAUGGCUCCCCUGUAGAGAUCAUCAGAUAUAUUUCUGUAUGCCUGUUCUGCAUUAACAAAAAAAGUUCUUAGGAGGUGAUUUUCCACGGUGUUCAGCUGAUCUGCUGGCUGGCGGAGGGAAUGUGGUAUACAGGAACAGGCAUCAGGAUAGCAAGCCACCUUUAGGGUCCCCUCAUUUUAGAGCCACUAGCUAGUUCCAUUACAGCUUUAAAGAUCCUUUAUCUCAACUUUUCACUAUGCAAGCAUAUAGUUUGCAUAAGAUUACAAAAAGAAUAUUGUUUUUUCAAAUAACUAGGCUUCUUUAACACUAUUCUGCAAAAGCCAGAGAUUGAGUGUAUCCUCACUUUGAUUACUGACUACAGUGACAGACCCAAUUAUUCCACACUCAGGUUCCCCCAGUGUUCUGGUGCUAAGAUCAUUCGCUUGCUCCUCUGCCAAUUUAAUCAGGUAAUUUCCCUUCGAUUGUCCUCCUCCUCCACCUCCUCAAACAAAUCUCUUGCCUGCAUCUUUCUGAUCUUUUACAGCUUAGGUCCUGUCUAUACAGAUAUUCUGGCAUUCUCCUUUCACUGUAGACUUACCUUAAACUGGAAGAAGGUUCUUUUCCUAGCAUAGCUUUAUCUACUUCAGCACAAGUUUAACAAAAAAAAAGGAUUAAAAGGACUAAACCUGACACAGCCAUCUAGUAAAGUUUUAAGCUAUCUCAGCUAUAAUAACCCCAGCUGAAACUUGUACUUCUGAUUAGGGAAAGUUAACAAAGGAGGUUCAAACCAUUUAUUCAAACAGUUUCAACAAACUCAGCUGCUUUUGCCCAACGUAAGUACGUAACUAUGCGCACACAUCACUCUACUGACAAAACAGUGAUGAAGAAUAGCCAGGAACAAAACAUCUUAAACCAACCUGUCCAAAUUGAUAGUGUAUCAUCCACAGCUAUCUUUAUCCACCACCACUGGGAAUUUUCCUGGUAUCCUCUCCUUCCUUUGCCUUCAUAUUCCUAGACCAAACCAGCUAAUAGUCUGUUUCUCUCAUUAAGUAUUUGAGUGCCCAUUCUACCAGUUGUUUAUUAAGGAUUGCUACACACUGCAAAAACAUUAUUUUUAUCCCUAUAUUACAUCCCAUCACCAACUGCCAACCAGACAGUAAACUGCCCCACUUCUCUCCUUCCUCCAGAGUUUCCACUUCAUUCCAGCUGUGUCUCAACUCACUUCUAUCUCCAAUUAAGACUGAAUUCUAAACACUUUAUAUUUGUCUAUUAGUUUCCCUUCCUUAAAUCUUUGAGUCUUCCAGGCCUCAUCUAUACCACAAAAGCAUUGCUGGCACAACUCUAUCAGUUAAAAGCUUUUUUUUCUUCUUCUUCUUCUUCCUUCUCCUUCAAGAGGAAGACAUAACACUAGCCAACCUAAGUACAUUAAUACUCCCACAGUAUACUUUGUUGAUGUAAAAAAUAUGCUGUGACCAUCAGUUAUGCCAUUCAGGAAAGACACAUGCAUCACACUGUGGAAAAGUUUUGUCCUGCCAUACAGUAUAUCCAGUAGGGGGUCAUGUCAACAUAAUAUACCCACUGCUGCUCCAAAAACUUAAGACCUCUAGAAUGAGACUGACAGUUAUGUAAAUAUUUAGAGUACUAGAACUGGACAACUGGGUGAAACCAGCAGAAAACUGUCUAGUACUAACAACAGUGAGAUGGAAAAUACAGUAGUAUAUUGGCU